AUGCCAUUGCGCGCCCGCGCUGCGAUCGCAGCUCAUUUCAGCACCAGACUCGGGGACAGACGCCAUAAAGAAGGGAAACAAACCGGUGCCCCGUCUUCCACUGUGGCCCCCGGGACCGCUCCCGAGGCAGGUGUCCCGGCGGGGGACGUCCCUGCCGUGAGACUAGCGAACAGCCAUGACCUAUCUAGGGAAAGGGGGUCCCCAGGAAUCUCCCUCGCCUCAAGCCGGAGAGAUCGGGCGGCUCUGACCCCUAGGAGGCCCCUUAAACGUUCCGAGUUGCCGGUCCAAACCUGCGCUCUGGUUUCCCUACGGCUCGGCGGAGUGUCCCGGGUUCGAGGAGCUCCUGCACCGGCCAGCGCUGGGCCGCCGACGCCCACCUGUGCGGACGCCCAGAAGGCCGGGCUAGCUGCGGGCCGCCAGCAUAACCACAGGUAUUUGCGAGCUUCCACUGACAGCUGUAGGACGACCCAGGCACCAGAACCGUCUCUCCAGUUCCAGAGACUUUCCCGCCCGAGUUUCCCUUUCGUCUCUAGCUGGGCUCGAGCUCGCUGGAGCAAGGGCUGUGUCAUAGCCCACCCGACACGCCCCUGUCGGCCAGCCCUCCGGCGGGGAGCCCACUUACCCUACCCGGGAGCGCGGACCGAGGGCGCCGCUCACGCGCUGGCUUUGUCUCCGGCGUGGUGCACGCGAGGGGCCGCCAGACCGAUCGGCAUCGCUCCGCUUCCGGGCGCGGGGCUGAGGGGGCUCCGGCUCCGCGCCUCGACACUGACGGGCUCGCGGAGGAAACGCGCGCCCCGCACCGGCCCUCCCCGCCCCCGGGGUCUCCGCGCCGCGUCACCAGCCCCGCCCCGUCCCGCGCCUCGCGGGCCAGGCGGGGAAAGACCACGUGAGGCCGAGCGGGGGCGCCGGUCCCAAGCAGGUGCCCCGCGGGAGAGUGCAGUCACCCAGACGCCAAGUACUUUGUCUGCUCAGCCCCCUGUGCGUGCUCCAGGCGCGCGUCCAUGUGCAGCGGGCGCAGAACGCGUGUCCCCCGACCCCCGACCCCUCGCGUCCACGUCGGUCGCGCCCCCUCCGUAG